AUGUUCUUCCUCAUAAUCGCAACAUUGUUAUUAAUUACAAUAAUAUAUUUGUGGAACAAUCGACACUUUUUCAAUCGAGAUAUUUACAAAAAUUUCAGUGACAAUGAUGUUCCCUGGAUAAAGAAUGGCUUUAGUAUUGCAUUCUUUAAUCCUGUCGAAAUAUUUCAGCUUGUUCGGACAAUAGCUAAAAAGUAUCAAAAGUCGUACCAUCUGACAAUUUUUGCAAACACAGAUUACUUUAUUGUUAAAGCCAAAGAUGCUGAAAAGAUUUUAAGCUCAUCGAAGCACUUGGAAAAAGGACUAAUUUAUGAAUUGCUUCAUCCAUUUUUAAAGACUGGUCUGCUUACAAGUGCAGGUGAAAAAUGGCAUCAGCGUCGAAAGAUGCUUACACCGGCUUUUCAUUUCAAUAUUUUGAGAGAGUUUUGCGAAAUUUUUAAGGAGGAAAGUGAUCGUUUGGUUGAAGUUAUAAAAUCACAAAAAGGAAAAGAAGUGAACAUUAUUCCCAUUUCCACACAAUUUACAUUGAAUACAAUUUGUGAGUCAGCAAUGGGUGUCAAAUUAAGUAAUUUGGGAAAUACUGGAAAUAAAUAUCGAGAUAAUAUUUACCUUAUUGGUGAACUGCUUGUCCAAAGAAUUUUAAAACCUUGGUUAUUGGUUGACAUAAUCUACAAACUAUUAGGAUACAGUUACCAAUUGGAGCAACUUCUACGUCCAGUUCAUGAAUUCACUCAGACCAUAAUUAAAAGCAGAAGAAACGAGUAUCUACUAAAGAAAUUAGAAACUCAAGAUUUAAAUAAUAACGAAAAUGACAAAGAAAAUAUUUAUUUAAGCUCAAAAAAGAAAAGAGCAGCUAUGAUGGAUACUUUAUUGCAAGCUCAAUCAGAUGGGUUAAUUGACGACGAAGGAAUAAUAGAGGAAACAGACACAUUUACUUUCGAAGGACACGACACAACGUCAGUCGGAAUGACAUUUGUUUUAUUUUUACUCUCACAUCAUCCGGAAGUACAAGAAAAGAUAUUCCAAGAAAUUAAAGACAUCACUGAUGGAAGAGAUGAAUUAUCUUUAGAUGACUUGAAUAAGAUGAACUUGAUGGAAAGAGUUUUGAAAGAAUCUUUAAGAUUAUAUCCACCUGUUCAUUUUAUAGCCAGAAAAUUGUCUGAUGAUCUUUACAACGAUGGAAUUCUGUUAAAGAAAGACACCAUAGUUAAUAUUAUGAUUUUUGAUAUUCAUCGUGAUCCAGAAUAUUUUCCAGAGCCUGAAAAAUUUGAUCCCGAUCGCUUUUUACCAGAAAACUUCGAGAAGAGACAUAAUUUUGCGUACCUGGCUUUUUCGGCAGGAAUGCGCAACUGCAUUGGUCAACGUUUUGCUAUGCUAGAAUUAAAAACAAUGCUGACAAAAAUUGUUUUGAACUUCAAAAUUUUACCAGUAACGUCAUUUGAUGAGCUUAUCUUCAAAGGAGACAUCGUUUUAAGAACCCAAAAUCCAAUAAUAAUUAAGUUUAUGUCAAGAAAUUAA